UGACCGAUUUCCUGCUUCACUUGGUUUUGGAAUUUAUUUUUUUACGAAAAAAUACGAACGUGGAGAGCAGAAAACUGCAAGAUAAAGUUGGCUGGAGACGCACCUGUGGUGGUGAAGUUAGGUCAAGCUUACACACCAUUCUUUGUUUUGCAAUUGCGUUUCCUAAUUCACCUUCUUUUGCUUCCAGUUUGUUUGUGAUUUCAAGAGUAGUUGGUUACUAGAUCUGUACCUAUUUCUGUAACCCCUCCUAAGAGCAAAAAACAGGCUACCACUGUCCAUACCAUCAGUGAAAAUGAAUCUAGCUAUCCUCACUAUUCUCAUAGUGGUCACUGAAGGCAGGGCUACGGGUACAACUCCUUCAGUAGCGUCUCAGUGUUUUUCGCCUGGAUAUCCUGCACCCCAGGUGAUCCGAGAUGAUAACAAGGGGCAUCAACUGCGCUAUUCUAGUGUUCCCAGAUCGGCAGCGACCCAAGUCUUCCGCUUUGUAUCACCAAGGAGCCUGAGCUACGUUUUUCACGUGCCGUAUGGAUGCUCACUGAAGCUAGAGAAACUGACUAUGACCGUGUUCGGUUUGUGCUCUGUGAGUGUUAUUCUUCGACCCAGUCAGCAUUCUCCUGUAACUAAGGGCUUGUUUAACGCCCCACUUGCUCAAUGUGACAACCCAGUACGUGGCUGCAGUGGAAGCAUCGGCCUCUCCGAAGUUGGUUCUACCAAUGUAAGGGGAAGACAGUUGGGUGAUGUGGCGACAUUAACGGUGCAGUUGCAAGCAUCGGCCACAUGCAGAGUUCGUUGCGCUGUGCAGAGUGAGGGUCAAAUCACGCCUGUGAUGUCAGUGGACUGGAAAGAUAUCAACGAGUGCAGGACUCCCGGAUUACUGGGACCACGCUGUACAGGGUCGGCUUGUGUCAAUAACAUGGGAUCGUUUCAGUGCUUGGGGGAAGAAAUAACCGUAAUUCCUGCGACGUUACCCGAAGGUGCUACAAGGCUCGGAAGGUCAAAUACUAGUCAGUCUUCCAGUACAAGGAACCUGGUCGAAGAUGCACAGCUACACACCAGUAUGGUUCCAGCCAGAACCUCAGAGCUUGUUACCACAUCAUUUCAAUCCGCCGCACUCACUACCAUUGCCGACACCACAGUGGGCGCGGCGGCUAAUCCUGUUGUUCUUCUUGCUGCAUCCGUGUCCGGUGCUAUAGUGGGGACUGCGAUUCUGUUCAGCAUCACGUUCUUGGUUCUGCGCAAGACAUGUCCGUCACGCAACGCAGAUCCGACUGAGGAUAAGCACUUGCGUCAUGGAGCCAAUCCUCCUUACACCAUUGAUCGCUAUACCAGUUCAGGUCGGCGAAAGAGUCCCGCUCAACCACAGGUUUCCAACUUGGAAUUGAAAGCCAGUCCUCCGAAUCCAGUCAUGCCUCACAGCGAGAGUGCCGUUCUUAGGUCGUCGUGUGCAUGGCACGUGGAGCCCACUGAAUGUAGGGCUUACGGAUGCACUGACCAGCAGCCAGAAGAAGCAAUCUAUUACGAAAUACCUUGAAAGGAACGUGCAUGUCUUUAGUUUCUCCAUUCAUGCAGAAUUCCGGACCCUGUAAAUCAACUUAACUUUAAAUCUGGUUCCCAAUCCGGAUCUACAAGUAUGCUACUAUUCUCCUUUGCUACAUGCAUGUAUUUCGUACUGCACCUACUAAAGUGGCGCUAUUGUGGAAUUUUCACAGCCUCAAAGGU